AACAGGUAACGUCUGUUCAAAUGUCACAUUUAACAAAUAGCGGAUUAUUUCAAAGGCAGAAAAGUAAAGUCUGUGAAAGAAAGAAUAUUAUUUCUUUGUCUAGUUAUCCAGGAGGCGUUUUACGCGUCUCAAUCAGUUGUGCAACCAGGUGUGGUAACAUACAAGAUGGGGGUUCCCACCAGUAAACUACAACAGCUCACCAUUUUCACCACGUUACUGACAGGAGGAGGGGUCAGCACUAUGUACUAUCUGAUGCAGAAGAAAUUUGCCGAGUCGGACUACCACAAACUGGCUGUGCAGAAGUUGCAGGUGUGUACGGUAGCCAUGGAAAGUUUGGGGGCUCCACCUUUAAAGGUUCACAACAUCCAUCUGACAGACAGACACAAUCAAAUAGAUCAACAAACAGCACAGAUCAAGAUCCCUGUGACCGGCUCCAAAACUGGAGGCUAUUUAUAUACAAGUUCAGUCAGAGACCCCGAAACCAACAGAUGGAGUGUUAAGAUGGCCGUUCUGAGGCUGAAAGAAGGACAGACCAUCAACUUGAUGAACGUUCCGUCACCAGUGUGGGCAGAGGUCGCCCCUUGACAAGUUUGGAGAAAACAUGCAAUUCGAACCUGCAACAACGUCUGUUAUCAUUCAACCUUUCACUUUUCUUUUUAAACGUGAGCAUCUUGAGUCAAUGUCGUAACUGGAAGAAAUGCGGGACAAAAUGAUCCCCUCUGUGUGCGAACAAGAGAACACAUUUUCACCGACUGUGUUAACCACAGUUUCCUCUUCCUGGCAAACACACAACACACACACAACAUACACAACAUAGUACGCUCAUGGAUGUCGUCAUAGCACACAGCUUCUCAAGCUGACACUGGUUUCUUUAUUCAUAGUGUCCUUCAAUUUGCUGUUGAUGGCCGAGACAUUGAUGACCUCAUUUGUGUGAUUAAACUUUGGUAUGCAUCAUGAAAUAGAA